UUCAUUAUUCAAAUACACAGAAAAAGAAGAGUUUAUCUCUUUAUCUUUUCUCUUUCUCACACUAUUUCUCUUCUCCUUUAUCCAUACCUCUUUGUCGGCCUCCCAAUUCUCUCUCUUCAACCAAAUAUCUGUUUUACUUUUUAUUUUUAUUUUUAUUUUGUUAUGAUUUUGUGAUAUUGAGAUAAUAAUAAUAAUUACCAGGAAAGUUGAAGGUUUUACUGUUGUUGAAGCUGCGAUCGCUGAUCCAGAGUAGGCAGAAUGAGCUCUCUGCAAGGGCCUGUCAUUUGUCCUGUGGUACGUGGAAAGCAAACAAGUCAGUUUGCUGUUCCUGUCAAUUCUUCUGUAGUGAAGGCUAAGAUUUCGAAGAGUAGGUUCUGGGGGCUUAAUGGGAUCUCUAGCUUCCGGGUUAAUGUGGCUCGUCAACCACAAUCCAGAGUAAGCAAGGUGAUACAAUGCACCUUUAGUUCAUCAUCAGAUGGAAAUGGUAGCAUGGCAGAGAAUUCCAAUGAAAGCGACGCAGAUUAUGUGAACUCUAGUGUGGUAGAAGCUGUUGAAGUGCGAAGUGGGCCAGAUGGUUUCAUGAUCAAAAUGAGAGAUGGCAGACAUUUGAAAUGUGUCCAUAAUAAUCCACAAGGAGGUCAUCUACCUGAUUAUGCUCCACAUCCAGCGAUUGUGUUAAGAAUGGAAGAUGGGACAGGGCUUCUUCUCCCUAUAAUUGUUUUGGAGAUGCCAAGUGCGCUGCUCAUGGCAGCUGUGCGCAAUGUCCAAAUUGCCAGACCAACAAUGUAUCAAGUUGUGAAUGACAUGGUUGAGAAGAUGGGUUACACUGUUAAACUAGUUCGAGUUACCAAGAGGGUGCAUGAGGCUUAUUAUGCUCAGUUAUAUCUAACAAAGUCUGACAAUGAUGCUGAGAGUAUUAGCUUUGAUCUUCGUCCAUCUGAUGCAAUCAACAUUGCUGUGAGAAGCAAGGUGCCAAUACAAGUCAACAAGUACUUGGCUUAUAGUGAUGGUAUGAAAAUUGUUGAAUCUCCGAAGCCAGUAGUUCACACUACUGGUUCAGACGGUCUAUUGUUCGCCGAGCUUGACAGGCCUAAUGGCAAGCCGUGCAUUGAAACGAAGGAGUUUAUUCUUGUGCGAAAUAUGCUGAUUGCAGCGGUUGAAGAACGAUAUAGAGAUGCUGCUCUGUGGAGGGACAAGCUUACUCAACUGCGCUCCAAGAGAAACUGGAUAUAGCAGGUGUGCUUAGAGUUGUUUGAGCAAAGGACUACUGUGUAUAUAGAAGCCAUUCGUCGGAUGAGACAAUGUGGUCAGCAGCUUCAAAGAUCAAUUGUAGUUUCUCCCCUUAAUAUGUAAUGUAAAAAAAUAACUUGUGAAUAUCUGUAUAUAUAACUGUAAUUUUAAUUGAAGACGACGUACUGGUAAACUUAUGCAAGUUUUUUUCA